AUGAAACCUUCUGAACACAUUCUCUUUGCCGCUUUGUCGAAAACGUUCGCUGUUUCUGCUACGUACCCGUAUCAAGUGGUUCGCCUUCGGUUACAAGACCAACAUGCUACAUAUGGUGGCAUUGGGGAUGUGAUUUCCAAACUCUGGCGUUAUGAAGGCAUAAUCGGGUUCUACAAAGGAAUGCUGCCGAGCAUCCUCAGGGUGACUCCCGCGACCUGUGUAACCUUUGUAGUCUUCGAAUGGGUGUCCCUUCGAAUAUCUGUUUAUCCUAAAAUCGAAAGAUUUCAUUCGUCGUUUCGCCGUUUUCGUCUCUUCGCUGCCUACCUGUUGCUCAAGCUCUUCUUCGACGGUGGUCGCUUGAAUCUGCUGCUUUUUGAACGUGGCUUGAAGACCGGCAAUUUGGGCUUUCUUGGCGCUGGUCAUGCUACGGACUUCAUGGGUGGCUCUAACGAGGGAGGUUAA